AUGGAACUUCACACGACGAAGGUACGAAUAGGACUAGUAAUUUUGCCUCUUAUUCUACUUGCAAUAGCUCCAGUCGUCCUUUAUCUCCUUUUUGGUUAUCCUCUCUAUUAUUCAUCAUCAACAUCAAUAUACAAACAUAUAUCGAAUUCAUCAUCAUCAGAUCAUCAUAACACAACAUCAUCAUCAUCAUCAUCAUCAUCAGAAUCAGCAUCGUUGUAUGAUAAUGAUUAUGACGACACGUUUGAUCAUCCCAAGCCAUCAUCAUCUUUGCAUAUCAAUCAAUCCAUUUCAUCGUAUCAAGAAACUCCUAAGAAAGAGCACCGCCGGAAAAAGAGAAAAAGGAAAUGCGACAUAUUCUCCGGCGAGUGGAUCCCAAACCCUGAAGCACCGUACUACACAAACACGACAUGCAGGGCGAUACACGAGCACCAAAACUGCAUGAAGUAUGGAAGACCUGAUUUAGGUUUCAUGAAAUGGAGAUGGAAACCAAAAGAUUGUGAUCUCCCUUUGUUUGAUCCUUACGAGUUUCUCGAGGUAGUUAGAGGAAAAAACAUGGCGUUUGUUGGUGACUCCGUCAGCAGAAACCACGUUCAGUCUUUGAUCUGCCUACUCUCUCGGGUGGAAGAUCCCGAGGAUGACUCACGACAACAAGACUUUAACUUCCAAAGAUGGAAAUACAAAACCUACAACUUCACGAUUGCCACAUUUUGGACAACCCAUUUGGUUCGCUCCGAAGAAACCGAAACCGGUCAACCAGGUCCUAAUUCAUUUUACAAUCUAUACCUCGAUGAACCUGACCCUUCUUGGGCUUCCCAAAUCGUCGAGUUCGAUUACAUCAUCAUCUCCUCUGGACAAUGGUUUUUCCGACCACUCUUCCUUUUCGACAAACAAAAACGGAUAGGAUGCUUGUAUUGUUACAUUCCCGGAGUUAGAAAUGUCGGGGCACAUUUCGCGUAUAGAAGAGCAUUGAGAACAACAUUUAAGACCAUUCUUGGAUUAGAGGAUUUUAAAGGAGAAGUGUUUCUAAGGACAUUUGCACCUUCACAUUUCGAAGAUGGAGAAUGGGAUAAAGGUGGAAAUUGCUUAAAAACGCGACCCUAUAGGAGCAAUGAGACAGAGUUAGAAGGAAUGAAUCUAGAGACACACAACAUUCAACUCGAUGAAUUUCGCAUUGCGAAAAGAGACAAAAACAAAAAUGAAGGAUUAAAUUUGAGAUUACUAGAUGUAACACAAGUGAUGUUGUUAAGACCAGAUGGACAUCCGAGCAGAUUUGGACAUAAACCGGAAGAUAAAGUUGUAUUAUAUAAUGAUUUUGUACAUUGGUGUCUACCAGGCCCUAUUGAUUCAUGGAACGAUUUUUUACUAGAUAUGUUGAAAACAAAGAUUUAA